AUGGCUGAAGCAUUGAAAAUAAUUGAGGAAAUUGAUUUACAAUCAACGAUCAAACAGUAUCAAAUUGAUACUAUCAAUUCCCCUGUUUUAGUCGAAAAUCACUGCUUCGAAGGAAGUUUCAGAGAAGCGAUUUGGCCUUUCCUUAUUCUAGGUCAAUUUUUCGGUCUGUUGCCAGUCAUUGGUGUUAAAAAGAGUCGCCAAACAUCUGAGCUUCAAUUUAAAUGGAAAAGCGUUCGAACUAUCUACAGCUUGAUUAUUGCAUUCAUUUUAAUAUCUUACACGUCAAUAUUGAUUUGGGGAACAUUCACCACAGAAAUCGAAUUGUCAUCAAUCGGGAUUUUCAUAUUUUACACAUCAAAUACUUACGGAUUUGUUAGCUUCCUGGCUUUGGCUAGAAAAUGGCCUUUGCUUAUACACAAAUGGGAGAACACUGAAUCCAAGUCGCCAGCAUUCCGUAGUCAAAAACAAAAGACGAAUUUCGUGGAAGUACCUCAUCUAUUUUUUCAUACUGAGAAAAAAUAUUUGAUUUGGGAAGCCAUUUGUUUUAAAUUUUUGAGUGUGAUUACAACAUUUGUUUGGAACUUUUUGGAUGUAUUUAUUAUGGUUAUUAGCAUUGGAUUGUCUACACAAUUCAGAUUAUUCAAUUUCGAACUCAGACAGACAGUGAGACAGAAAUGUGACCUUAAUUUUCAGCAUAUGUCUAUGGAGUAUUGGGUGCUUAGACGAGAGCAGUAUAGACGAUUAUCCUACUUGGUCAAUAUCGUCGACAGAAGAAUAGGUCAUAUUAUAUUUUGUUCAUUCUCAAGCAAUAUGUUUUUUAUCUGCCAGCAAUUAUUUUCGAGUUUGAGUCCACAUUGCAAAUUUAGGUCACGUCCAACGGGUUAUCGCCUAAUUUAUUUUUGGUACUCUCUAAUUUUCCUUUUGAUGCGUGCGUUUUUCGUGUCAUUCACUGCGGCUGGUAUCAACGAUGAAUCGACAGAACCCAUCAGGAUUUUACGAUCAGUGUCCUUCUAUUCGUGGAACACAGAGACGAAACGCUUUUUCGAUGAUGUGAUAAGUGAUACAGUCGCAUUGUCUGGAAUGAAGUUUUUCUACUUAACUCGAAAGAUGAUCUUGAGCGUGGCAUCAACCAUCGUUACUUAUGAGCUGGUUUUGAUGCAGUUCCAAUUGAACUAUAAUCAAACAUCAACGUGUAAAUCCUAA